UCCAUCAGCAAAGAAACACUGCUAAGUGCUUAUUACAUUCAGAAAAACAAAAAUGGAGAGCAUUGCUAAGAGAGGAUGGAGAGUUUUGAGUGGCAGUGAGAACUGGGAAGGGUUACUUGAACCUAAUUUGGAUUCUGAUCUUCGGCGCUACCUCAUUCACUAUGGUUCAAUGAUUGGAGCAGUUUACGACUCCUUCAUCACUGAACCAACUUCCAAGUAUACCGGGCUAAGCCGCUACGCCAAGAAAAACCUCCUUCAAAAGACUGGCCUUGACAAUAAGGCAAAUCCUUUCAAGUACACUGUGACCAAUUACUUUUAUACUCCUUCGAAUAAGAUCGGCGGAGCCCAAGGAGGAUAUCAUGUCCAAUCAGUACGAGCAGACGCAGUGUUGAAAGAAUCAAAUUGGGGUGGAUAUGUUGCUGUUGCCACCGACAAAGGGAAGGAGGUUUUGGGACGGAGAGACAUUCUGGUCGUUUGGAGGGGAACAGAAACUAUGUCGGAGUGGAUUGAGGAUUUCAAAAUCGUCAUGGUUAAACCUGCUAUCAUCUUUGCCGAUAAUGGUUCCCUCGUGCAUAAAGGUUGGUAUGAAAUGUAUACCUCUACCAAUCAAGAUUCCCCUCUCAACAGUAAGAGUGCCAGGGACCAGGUUCGAGAAGAAGUUGCCAAGCUACUUGAGCAGUACAAGAACGAGGAAGUGAGCAUAACUGUGACAGGACACAGCCUGGGUGCAUCACUGGCAACACUAAAUGCAGUUGACCUAGCCGCCAAUCCAUUGAAUAACACCGAGGUUCUUGUCACAGCAUUCUUGUUCGCAAGCCCCAAAGUGGGAAACGAGGGUUUCAAGAAUGCCUUUUCCCAGCAGAAAAACCUUCGAGCUCUGCGUGUCGUCAACCAAGACGAUCUUGUGCCAAAGGUGCCAUUCAUGAGUGUUGAAGCCGGCACUAUUUUGCCCCUCAUAGCCUACAAGGACGUGGGAGUCCAAUUUGACAUAAACGCUUCAAAAUCAGACUAUCUAGCGCCUGAUAAACCCAGCAUCUUAAUGUGGCAUGGUCUGAUGAUUUACCUCCACGGAAUCGAUGGGUAUCAAGGACCACAGGGAGGAUUUAAACCACAAGGAUUUUUUGAUAUCCCUCAAGUCAACAAGUAUGGAGGCAUGCUGAAAGUUGAGAAAUGCCCGGUUCCAACCGAAUGGUGGAUUGAGAAGAACAAAGGAAUGGUUCAGAAAGAAGAAGAUGGUACCUGGAUUCUUGAUGAUCACGAGGCAGACGAUGUUGUGUUUGCAUAAACCCUUUCAUGGUGGGUUAGUAUUAAUAAUUUUAAUAAGGUAUGAAUAAAGUUUGUGUGUGCUAGUUUGUGUUGUUUAAUAAAAGGGACUAUAAUGUCACCUAUAAGUUGUUCAUCUAUGUUGUGUAGUGUUGCCUUUCCUGUUUUUCAACGCCAUUAUUGGCGAACUUGUAUUGUACUACGUUGUGUACGUGAAUGAAUAAAGCAUUUGCUCGUGUGUUAUUAAAA